GGGACACGUGUCGUCGAUGGUUAUCGGUGAAUCCUCGGGACGUGAUCAAGGGUGCUUUCACAGGAAUCUCCAGGGAAUUCCAAGGGAAACGUUCCGCUGAUCCCACUGUGAUCGAAUCAAUUCUAUGCUGCCUGUAAACGAAAGGAGAAAUUAGUUUCUUCAAUAUUUGAAGGAAAAGCUCAAACAUUGGAUUUAGCAAUACUGUGAAGAGAAAUAUUUUUUAUACCUGGAUAGAUAACUUCAUGAAGAUGAUCUGAGAGUCCUUUAUUAAGUUCUCCAGAUAGGGAACGAUUCUAGUCAACAUAUCCAAAGAGCUUAUUGUUAAGACACUUUUAUCAGAGGAAAUUCUUCAAGAUGUAUUCGAUGGACAAUCUUGAACUGGACAUGAUGAACCGUCAGUACAUGUACGAGGCUCACAGUUUCCUUGGGAAUCCAGCGAUUCCAGCUCUGCCGCCCCAUUGCGGUGCUCCAACCACUGCUACUCUUCCUUCGAUCCCGUCGCAGUUGACCUCUCAUCCUGCUGGAAGCACCGGGAGCACCAGUGGCAGUGAGAUUUAUUUGUACGAUGAGAAUAGCAGCGACAACGAGAGUGCUUACAGCAGCGAUCAAGAAAAUCAUGCCAGAGAACGAGGUCAAAGUAACAGACGCAAUGGAACAUCAGGAAAGAGUCCAAGACAAGCGGUGCAACAAAGGCAAGCCGCCAACAUGAGGGAGAGGAGGCGUAUGCAAAAUAUAAACGACGCCUUCGAGGGUCUCAGGGCUCAUAUACCUACUCUCCCUUAUGAGAAAAGACUGUCCAAGGUGGACACCUUGAAACUGGCGAUCGGUUACAUAAAGUUCCUUAAUGAACUAGUUAGAGCGGACAAGGGUAACGAUCCUCUGACUGGGAACGGUGGCCUCUCGAGGUGUUCCGGUCGGGAUGACUCCAAGAAGGUCAUAGUUCGUGGCAGCGAGGGAAACCCUUUCAUUUUCCAUUCCCUCUCCUGGUCCAGGAAGUCAGACAUCUCCCCGAACGGGACGAUGUACGCGAAAGUGUGGACCCCGGAAGACCCACGAACAUCGAAGAACGAAUCGACGUUCGAAUAAAGUGCUCAGGUCUUAAUUGUUAAGUCGCAGCGAGCCUGGUGUUAUUUAGUAUUUAAGAAACGUUUCUCUAGUCGCUCUCUUCAUUUUCCACUUUAAAUUGUUUAACAAACAUUCAUUAAAGGAAAGAACAUUGCUUUAUACUUUAGUCAAUAUGUAUAACGUGGACAGUAUUAUUAUUGUUAAUAUUAUUUAUCUUAUUUAAGUUCAAAGAACUAGAAAUAUCAUUAUACAUAUUCAGUAGCUCUAUGUUGAAAGAAUUAUUCCAAUAGGAAGUAAAUUUGAAAUUGUAGACUAAAUAAUACAUCAUUUCUUCUAAUUUAUCUUGUAAGAAUCCUCUGUAUAAAUUUCUUUCUUUCUACAAUUGUGUUUUUGAGAAUCAGAAGUCUCAAUCUUGGACAAAAUUCAAAUAAAAGCACGUUACAAUUGUACAUAUAAGCCGGGAAAAUAAUGUAAGCAGAUAUAGUUUGUACAUGAAAAGAAGAGAAACAGAAUGACUCUCAAGGUGGUUGUCAU